AUGGCUUCGACAGUCAAUGAGGAGGAUGCUGUCGCAAAAGCCUCCCCGGCUCCUGCAAGCGGAGGUCGACCAAUCGAAUUAUUCAUCAGCUACGGCGAGUUCAUCACUCUAAUGACCCUCUGCAAGAUGUUCAAACGCAAGACGUCACGCCGCAACAACCCCAAGUUCGUCCGUAAGAGCCAAGUCAUACUCGAGAAGUUCGGCGUCGAGCAACUCACCUGGACCAAGUUGGAGGACGGCAGCAUGAAGCUCGACACCGAGCACACGCCUGAAGAUGUCAGUGCCAAGAUUAUUAGACUCGGUCGCAAUGUUGUCGAUAAGCUGGAUGAGGAGGUUGAGAAGCAGGUUGAAGCGGACAAAGCACGCAUAGCUGACCUGCAGCACGAGGAGGACUCUGUCGGCGAUGCGACUCAUGUUCGACAAAAUCGAGUUCAGAUCAUCGAACAUUGCAACGUUCAGAUCAUGUGUCUGCAGGAAGCCAUUUACCAGCUUUCCAGGUACAAGCAAGAAUUAACUUAA